AUGGAGGGCACGCUGCUGGAGCUGCAGUUCGAUGCAACGCCCACCAGGAUUUACACAGUGCAUGAUGAGUAUGCCUCCAGCCCGCCGGGACGCACCCCGCACUCCAACUUCCUGCGCGGCGUCAAGUGGUCGCCCGACGGCGCCUGCCUGCUGACCGCCAGCGACGACAACUGCCUGCGUGUGUACGACACACCCCUGGAAGCCUUCCAUCAGGCCGGCUACGGUGGAGAGGAUGCCGCUGGAUCAGCAGCAGCAGCAGACGGCAUGGACGCCGCCAACGGAACACCAGCAGCCGUGGCGCACCAGCCGGCAGGGCAGCGCACGCCGGCGCAGCCGCCUGGCGCACAGCAGCAGCAGCAGCAGCAGGGCGAUUCGCUGUCGCCGGCCCUGCGGCUGCAGUGCGGCGAGCUACUGUAUGAUUACUGCUGGUUCUCGGGAAUGACAGCAGCCGACCCAGCCUCAUGCUGCCUGGCCACCACCGGGCGGGCGCAGCCGGUGCACCUGUGGGACGCUCUGUCAGGCGAGCUGCGGUGCACAUACCGAGCCUACAACGACCUGGAUGAGGUGGCGCCAGCUCACAGCCUGGCCUUCAGCCUGGACGGCGCCACCCUCUACUGCGGCUUCAACAAGCAGAUCCGUAGCUUCCGCAUCGUGUCGUGCAUGGCGCUCAACCCGGACCGCGAAGGCAUGCUGGCGGCCGGCAGCUACAGCGGGGCGGGCCUGCUGCUGGACACACGCACCCGCGGCCUGCUGUGCCUGCUGGAGGGAGGCCACUCGGGCGGACUGACGCAUCUCUGCUUCUCCGCCGACGGAAACUUCCUGUACACUGGCGCCCGCAAGGACCCAGCCAUCCUCUGCUGGGAUGUGCGGUACAGCUCAGGGGUGGUGUACAGCAUGCAGCGCGCGAGCGCGGGUACCAACCAGCGCAUGUACUUUGACAUUGAGCCCUGCGGACGCCACCUGGCGACAGGCGGCGAGGACGGAGUAGUGCGUGUGUUUGACCUGCGAGACGGCAGCGUGGCGGGGCAGUUUGUGGCGGCAGAGGACACAGUGAACGGCGUCCACUUCCACCCCUUCCUGCCGCUGCUGGCGACCGCGUCUGGCCAUCGGCGCUACUUCCUGGCACCUGAUGAUGCCAGCUCAGCGUCCGACAGCGACAGCGAGGCAUCCCCCAGCAGCAGCAGCAGCGAGAGUGAUGAUUCCGCCAGGGACCGGCGCCGGCUGUCGACGCAGGAGAAUGUGCUGAACAUCUGGCACUGCUCGGCCAUCCCAGCACAUGUGCAGGCGGCAGCGGACGAGGAGAUGGAGGAUGCAGCAGGGGAGGCGGCGGCCGGCGAGGCAGCAGCAGCGGCAUUGGGAGCAUAG